AUGAAUAACGCUCAAUUCGAAUACCUAGUCGGUCUUCUUUCUGAGGAUUUGCAGAAACAAGAUACAAAUAUGAGGAAUUCUAUCACACCAGCUGAGCUCGUUUGCGUGGCCCUACGUUACUUAGCGACUGGUGAGACUUUCAGGUCUUUAGAAUUUCAAUUCAGAGUGUCAAGAAAAAGAAUUUCAGCAGCUGUUAUGGAGGUAUCUGAAGCUAUCAUAAAGAGGUUGGGUCCAACCUUCCUUUCAACUCCGAAAACACAGGGGGAAUGGCUAGAUAUCUCCAGAAAUUUCAAUGAGCGUUGGAACUUCCCAAAUGGAUUAGGUGCUCUCGAUGGGAAGCAUAUCGUCAUUCAGCAGCCCCCAAAUUCAGGGUCUCAUUACCGAAACUAUAAAGGGACAGACAGUGUAGUGCUCAUGGCUCUUGUCGGGCCAGAAUAUGAGUUUCUUUAUGUGGAAGUUGGAGCGAACGGUAGAAAUUCUGAUGGAGGUAUAUGGGACCAAUGUAAUUUAAAGAAGGCGCUAGACAGUGGAUCGCUAAAUUUACCAGAGGUUUGCAAUUUACCAGGUCGAAACAACAAAGUGCCGUAUGUGAUAACAGGAGAUGAUGCGUUUCCUCUUAAGAAUUACCUGAUGAAGCCUUAUCCACAAAAAAAUCUGACAGUAAACAAACGCAUCUUCAAUUAUCGACUGUCACGAAAGAGAAGAAUUUCUGAAAACGGAUUUGGGAUUAGAAAAAAGAAGACUUUGUAA